AUGACAUCGCAAAAGAAGAACCAAUUGAAGAGAAACGAGCGCGAGCGUCGUCGUGUGCAUCAAGUGAACGACGGCUUCGACUUGCUGCGAACGCGCCUCCAAAAGCCGAACUCGAAUCGCAAGCUGAGCAAAGCGGACACACUUCGCGAGGCCGUCAAAUACAUCCGACAACUGCAGGCGAUGCUCGAUUCGACGAACGCCUACCAAUCGAAUGGCUAUAAUAUGACACACGCGGCCAACUAUUUUCCGGUCAAAGAGGAGCUCGACGUCUACUUCCCAUCAGACACCGGCUCGAAUUCAUCGGUCUCGUCCGAAUGCCAAGUCUCGACCAACUAUCCAAUGUCGGCAAGUGUUCCAUUCACCUCGCCAUCAAACUCGAACUACUCCCCACCGCAAUCCUACUACUCACCCAACAAUUUCCAUAAUGGAAUGCAAUCAUCGCCGUAA